GGUUUCUCCGAGUCGUCCGCCCACGGUCUUCGUCUUCACCAGCCAAUUUCGCCACGUCUUAACCUCCGACUGUCCCAAGCAUCAAGUGAGAGGUCACGGAUUCGCGACAGCCAUGGCGAUUCUCGGCGCAUCACCGGCAGCAGCGCCGCCGUGGAGCUUGCUCUGCGCGCUCGGGGCCCUGGCGGCUCUGUGGUGUGCCUGGCGGGCUCUGGGGCGGUUCUGGCUCCGCCCGCACAGGCUGGGCCGCGCCCUGCGGGCGCAGGGCUUACCUGUCACGGACUACAGCUUCCCCUCCGGCGACAUGAAGGAGUUCGUCCGGCUCGCCGCGGCGGCGCGCUCCCAGCCCAUGCCGCCGGCGUCGCACGCCAUCGCUCCCCGAGCUCUUUCCUUCGAGCACAGCAUCACCAGGCAGCACGGUAAUGUUGCCGUGACAUGGUUCGGGCCCGAGCCGAGAGUGAUCGUGAACGAUCCUAAGCUGAUGCGAGAGAUCCUGGCGAACAAGCACGGCCAGUUCGGGAAGCAAAGGUCUUUUCUUUGGAUUGAGAGGCUGCUGGCCAACGGCCUGACGGUCCACCAAGGCGAGAAGUGGGUCACACACCGGAGGAUUAUCAACCAUGCCUUCCAUCUCGAAAAGCUCAAGAGGAUGUUGCCGGCUUUCGCUGCCUGUUCCAGUGAGCUGAUACGCAGAUGGGAGGACUCUGUCGGGUCUGAUGGUAUGCAGGAGAUAGAUGUGUGGCCGGAGUUCCAAAAUCUCACAGGCGACGUCAUCUCCCGCGCGGCGUUCGGGAGCAGCUUCAGUGAAGGGAGAAGGAUCUUCCAGUUGCAAUCGGAGCAGGCACAAAAUGCUUCACAGAUGGCAAGCAAGAUGCAUAUCCCAGCUUACAGGUUCCUACCAACAAGGCUAAACAAAAGGAUGCAGGCAAACGCGCGUGAAGUCGAGGAACUUCUGAAAGGCAUAAUCAAAAAGAGGGAGCGGGCAAUGAAGGAGGGUCUCAACAAUGACGAUCUACUAGGAUUGCUACUAGAGUCCAACACUAAAGAAAGCCAUGAAAUCGGGAGCGCCAAGCCAAUUAUGACCACAGAGGACAUAAUCGGGGAGCUAAAGCUAUUCUACUUCGCAGGACAGGAGACUACCGCAGUGCUGCUCACAUGGACAAUGGUGGUUCUGAGCAUCCAUCCUGAGUGGCAAGAUCGCGCAAGGGAGGAGGUUCUUCGCAUCUUUGGGAAGAACCAGCUGGACUCUGAGGGCAUUAAUCAGCUCAAAAUUGUUACAAUGAUAUUACAUGAGGUUUUGAGGCUGUACCCACCUCUACUGAUACUUGCUCGGGAGACGUAUCUAGAAACAGAGCUUGGAGGUGUCAAGUAUCCACCUGGUGUUACAUUUGCACUUCCAAUUGCGUGCAUCCACCACAAUCCAGAGGUUUGGGGAGAAGAUGUUGAUGAGUUCAGGCCAGAGAGGUUCAAGGAGGGUGUCUCCAAGGCAUCCAAGGACGCGCCGGCAUUCUUUCCAUUCGGUUGGGGGCCCCGGAUAUGUGUCGGUCAGAACUUCGCCUUACUGGAGGCCAAGAUGGGCUUGACCAUGAUCCUGCAACACUUCUCGUUCGAGCUCUCACCGUCGUACACGCAUGCACCAUGCGCAAUCUCCUCUCUGCAGCCACAGUAUGGGGCGCAGAUUAAGCUCAAGAAACUCUAAUGUUUUUACCAUAAUGACCAGCGAACCAUGAACUUAGUUUUUAGGUGGUGAUCUUGGAAGAUGUUGUGUAUAUGCUUGUAGAUUUAUGAUUGUAACCCAAUAAGGUAUUAAAUAAAGUUUUAUAUAUGAUCAACGAACUUAAACAGCAA